CCGCGUUGCCCAUAUGGUCUCUUGUCGAUGCGAUCUGGCACCGUGAGGUCGACAUCGUCGCCGGCGACGACCACGGCGGCCAUGGGACCGCGCAGGCCAUGGCGACCAGGGCGAAGCUUAUGCAAUGUCAUGGUCACGGGUGGACGGCUCGCCAUCGACCAUAGCAGCGGCCAUGACCCGCCACCGCGAUGUGGGACCUCGGUCGUCGAUCAUCGCCGAGCGCCGCGGUCGAUACCGGUUCGCUGCUUCCUUGGCACGACUGUCAUGCGCGAAGCUCGCCGACAAUACUGGCAGGAAGCUCGCCAGCUAUACUACUGGCAGGAAGCGCGCCCUUGAUGCUGGCAACGCAUGCGUCGUGCAUGCACGUCGACGACGUCGUUGGUCGCAUCGAUGCAAGCGCGGUGCAAUGUACGGUCACCUAUCGUCCAUGAUGAUUCUGUUGGCGGAAGCUCCAUCGUCCAUGGCAGCGCGGUGAAGGUUGCUCGUUGAACGAACGUUAUCAGACGCCGUCCGUCUGAGCUGUCGCUGGGGAUCAGUACACCCAUGCUGGUCUACUCUCUCGGAUGCUACGAUCGCCAUUUCCGAUUUUACGACGCCACCAGCAUGCACAAGGCGACGCUCCUCCUCGUCUUCCUUCUCGGCCUCGUCAUGGCGGUGCCGGCGCCCUUCGGGUCGCUCCUCGGUGUCACACACGGCAACACGAGCGUCUUCUCGUGCGACCACCCGCCCGAGGACAACCCCAACUACCACCCGCCCGGCACGGACGAGUCGAACGGAACGUACACGGGUCUCCGGUGGCAGUGCGUCGAGCUCGCGCGCCGGUACCUCUUCAUCAACCGCAACCUCCUCUUUGCCUCCGUCGAUGGCGCCGUCGACAUCUUCAACCUCACGACCAUCACGGACGUCGGCAAUAACGUCUCGGUGCCGUUCGUUCCGCAUGCCCAGGGGUCGGCAACGCCGCCUGUGCGUGGGUCCCUUCUCAUCUACAAGGACGUGGGCAAGUACGCGCCGUGGGGCCAUGUCGCCGUCGUCGUAGACGUGGAGAGCAGUCACAUUGACAUUGCCGAGCAAAACGUCGAAGACAGCGUGUGGCCGCCGGGCCAAGGCUACUCGCGUCGGCUCAACGUGACGCGGUCGAGUUCGUCGUUUACAGUCGGCAAGUAUUAUCGCGACGACAACGAGGAAGUCGUGCUGGGGUGGAUGACGGCGGCGUUGCACCCAGCGUGCUAGUGCUAUUAUAUAUGAACGUGUUUCGCGUUAUCUUCAUAAUUACACAAAGACUUCGCAUACGU